CUUCGUUACAGCACUUAUUCUGCUCUCGUUUCCGUCCCGCGAUGGUCGACAUUAUUAUAAUCAUGUGGUGCUGUUGUCCCCAUCAUUUUGAAUCUCACUUAAAUGCGAGAUGGCUUCAGGAAACUCUGUGGCGACAAGAAACGAGUCAUACAUGUGGCUAAGAAUCCAGUCUAUGGGAGCAGAAAUAGAUCAUCUAACCACCUAUAAUGACACACAAGAGAUGAUGCCAGUGGAUGGAGACUCUGUUCCGGGGUUCUCUGAUGAACAAGUUCCUUUGGAGCACACCAUUGUUCUUAAAAACAGAGAUGGGGUGUCAUAUAAAUACACCACCGAUCCACAGAAUGGUGCACAACAGAAUGCUGCUGAGAUUGCAGCAAUUGCAUCUGGACUUAUAGGAGAGAGCAUCAUCAUUUUGCUCUGUCACCUAUAUGGGAUGAAUAUGAAUACUAACUUCCCUUUGAACGUGGAAGAUGUAAAAAUUAGCAUCAUGAAGAUGCCUGAAAAUGGAAAAUGUACCAUGCUCAGCUUUGAGGGUAGAGAGGGCAAUUACCUCCAUAUUUCAGACUCUGAAAUGAUGACUAUCAAUAGGGUCACCCAUGUUCAACCGAAUAUUGAAUCCUCCCUGUGGAUCCUGUCUGAAUUAGCACUGAAGUGCUUUGGGAGGCAAGGAUGAUGAUCUCAAGCACAAGGAUCAACUUCUAAAAAAAUUAAUUUGUGUUUUAUUUUGAAGGUUUUUUACUUUGUGUUUUACUUGUGAAGGUUUUCAUCUUUGACCAGUUUACGACUCGCGAAGUGAAGGUGAAAUGAAAUUGGGCUUUAUGGCUUAAUACAGUGCUCUAAAGAACGAAAAAAAAAAACUAUGAUACAAUUUAAGAACUUAGUUUAAAUGUUUUUUAAAUGCUAAUCUCUGUGAGGACUAAUUUCAAUCUACUAAAUAAGUCUUUAUUCACUUAACUGUUCCAUGGCUCCACAGUUGUUAAGUGCUGUAAAUGAGACCUUACACACUUUCAGUACAUGGCAGAAAGAUGCCCCAUUCAGAUGGCAACACAGAUGAAUACCACUUAAUUCUGGAGUAUGCAACACCUUCAUGCAACUUUUCCAUACAUGUACUUGCCUUAAUGACUCUCUGAGAGCAGCCUUGCAGAAAUGAAUUGUUAAGAUUUUAAGCAAAAGUUCCCAGUUACUCAUUCAAGUUAACGUUUCUGAGGUUUUUUAAUUUCUAUGGCACCUUAAACUUCCCAAUCAGUGGGGAGAACCCUCAGGUAUGGUUUCAAUGCCCGAUGAACGGGUAACGAAGAAAGGUUUCAUAGAGAUGAAUAAAGAAAUGCAUAUGGGUGGAAGGAACAUUAAAGGACAGCCCAGCACAGAGAAGUCCACAAUCAUAAAACUAUGAAAAAAUAUGACGUGUGGGAAGGGUAACUUUAAAUGUGACAAUUGCCAUAGUAAAUGCUGAAUUUGACUACUUGGUUUUGAAAUUUUCAGCAAUAGUAUAGCUUCCUGUAAAUUCUGUUUUGCUUGGAUUUUUUGUUGCUUGCACUACCUCACCUCAAGGCAGGUAAACGAGUCGAAGAAAAAGCUAUCAAUGGUUAGCUUUCAAAUGUCAUUUGCUUCGUGCCAAGAAUUAUUCCUUCUUUCAAGUAUCAUGAAAUCAUUAAUUAUUGAUAACUAAAGAGAGGUUGUCAGCUCAUUUCCUUGUGCCUGGAGAGUAGAUAAAAAAAAACUGCAUUGA